AGGUGGGAGGCGGGGAAGGGGAGGGACCUCGGGAUCGGAGGAGUGGAGGUUCUGGGAGCCUGGAGAGGGAGACGCCACCAGCACCGCUGCAGAGCAGCGGAGAAGCCCUGGAGGUCGCCCCUCGGACCCAGGUCCAGUCUUCCUCCGUUCCCUCCCCUCCCCCCCUGGUCCCGGGAGCCAUGGGUAGCUUGAGGCAACGUUUCCAGAGGUUCCUGGAGCAGAAAAACAUUGUCACCGAUGUCCUGGGGAAGCUGGAGGAAAUCUCUGGUAUCAAAAAGUACUACUUGGCUACAGGUACCAUUGCCUUCCUGGCCCUCUAUCUCAUAUUUGGCUAUGGUGCCUCCCUGCUCUGCAAUCUCAUCGGAUUCAUCUACCCAGCAUAUGCCUCCAUCAAGGCCAUUGAGAGUCCCAACAAAGAUGAUGAUACCAUCUGGCUAACCUACUGGGUGGUAUAUAGCAUUUUUGGUCUGGCUGAGUUUUUCUCUGACAUCUUCCUUUUCUGGUUCCCCUUCUACUAUGCAGGGAAGUGUGCCUUCUUGCUGUGGUGCAUGCUUCCAGCGGCCUGUAAUGGCUCACAGAUCCUGUAUCAUCGCCUGAUCCGCCCCAUCUUCCUGAGGCACCAGGCUUCUAUGGACAGCCUGGUGACCGACCUGAGCGGACGAGCCCUGGACACGGCAGCCAAUUUGACCCGGGAAGCAACCAAGGCAGGCAUGAUUCACCUACAGAAGAAUAAGUGAAGAGUUCACUCCUGAGCCAGAAGCUUUGAAUGACUGGACACCCUCCUCCCGGCCCCCUCAGCAUCAGGGACCACGGCCCCUAGUUCUGACCCACGUCUAAGCAGCUGACCCCUCCCAGCUGUAGCUCCCCCAACUCUACCCUUGGGCUUUAGGGCAUUAGAGAAGUCUCCCCAGGCUGGGAGGUAAGGUGGGCAUGGAGGGGGGGACCUCUGCCCAUCUAGUAUCUAUUGGUACCAGCUCAGGGCCCUGCUGGUGCUCAAGACUGCCUCUAGCCCCCUCCACUCACUCCCCACAGGACUCUUGAUAUGUCUUGGCUGUUCCUGCUGCCCAUGUAGUUAAAAAAAAAAAAAGUCCAACACAGGCCAAACUUGUUUGACCUCAA